UUGAAAUCUAUUCUAUCAACGAAUAUUGCGUUAAAGUGAAUGAAGAAACAGAGUGUACUUUUGCAUUCUGAAGCUUGAAAUAGCAUCGUCAAUCGUCUCGUUGUAGCAACAACACUCGCCAAACCAUAAAAGGCGUAUACAUCAAUGGAGUCUUUAGUUCUUAAACUCCAUGAAAUCUCAGCAGUCAAAUUUGGAAACUUCAAGCUCAAAUCCGGGAUCUCCUCGCCAAUUUACAUAGACCUCCGCCUUGUUAUAUCUUAUCCUUCUGUCCUCCGACAAAUUUCUCAAACUAUGAUUUCUUCUGUCUCGGACACUAAAUUCGACCUUGUCUGCGGUGUCCCUUAUACCGCUCUUCCUAUUGCCACAUGUGUGUCUGUCACUCACAACAUCCCUAUGGUCAUGCGCCGCAAGGAAAUCAAAGACUACGGAACUUCUAAAGCCAUUGAAGGUGAUUUUCAGCAUGGCCAAAGUUGCUUGAUAAUUGAGGAUUUAGUUACUAGUGGCACAUCGGUUUUGGAAACUGCUGCGCCGUUGCGUUCCACGGGGUUGAAGGUCCGUGAUGCUGUUGUUUUGAUUGAUAGAGAGCAAGGUGGAAGACAAAAUUUGGAGAGGAAUGGAAUCAAGUUGCAUGCGAUUCUUAAAUUGACUGAAAUGGUGAAAAUUUUGAGGGAAAAAGGAAGGCUUGAUGAGGAGAUGGUUAGAGUUGUUAUAAGGUUCUUAGAGGAAAAUCAGAAAGUUGCGUCCUUGGAAAAUAAAACUAAGUUCAAGAAGGCACUGUCGUAUUUGGAGAGAGCUAAGUUGUCCAAGAAUCCAAUGGGAAAGAGGUUGUUUGAGAUUAUGGCUGAGAAGGAAAGUAAUCUGUGUUUGGCUGCGGACGUUGGAACUACAGCUGAAUUGCUUGAAAUUGCUGACAAGGUUGGGCGUGAGAUAUGCUUGCUGAAAACGCAUGUAGAUAUUUUACCAGAUUUUACUCCGGAUUUUGGCUCAAAGCUUCGUGCGAUUGCAGAAAAACACAACUUCUUAAUAUUUGAGGAUCGUAAGUUCGCCGACAUUGGUAACACAGUGACCAUGCAGUAUGAAGGAGGAAUCUUUCAUAUAUUGGAAUGGGCUGAUAUCGUAAAUGCUCACAUUAUCUCUGGUCCAGGAAUUGUCGAUGGACUGAAAUUAAAGGGUUUGCCUCGCGGAAAGGGUUUGUUGCUACUUGCUGAAAUGAGUUCAGCUGGAAACCUUGCCAAGGGAGAUUACACAUCUGCUGCAGUGAAAAUUGCUGAGGAUCAUUCCGACUUUGUUAUUGGCUUCAUCUCAGUCAAUCCAGCAUCGUGGUCUGGUGCACCGUUAAAUCCUUGUUUCAUUCAUGCAACUCCUGGAGUUCAAAUGGCGAUCGGUGGUGAUGAUCUAGGGCAGCAAUAUAAUACUCCAUAUUCUGUGAUCCAUGAUAAGGGUAGUGACAUUAUUAUCGUCGGGCGUGGCAUUAUCAAGGCAGCGAAUCCGGCUGCAGCAGCUCGUGAAUACCGUCUUCAAGGGUGGAGUGCAUACUUGGACAAGUGUAAGUAAGGCCUAAUUCAUAAAUGGAUGAGAUGUUUCAUUUUGCAGUUGUUCAUAAAUAGCUUCCUUGUAUGGAUGCAGCACUGAAAUUUUGUUUACUUUAAUCUAGAAGUUAUUUUUAGGUUCAGCAAUGUAUACCAGAAGAGCUUCAUUUUUUAAAUAACUGGGUAUUAUGACAGCAAAAAACAGAAAAUUUCAUGCAGUAUUGAUGCGAGUUUGGAGAUGAAUAACCUGAACUUCACAUUCAACUUUCAAGCAUCAUGUGAUGAAGAUUAUAUAUAAUAUAGGUCGCACCAAUGAAAAUACACAUCACAAAAAAAAAAAAUGUAGUUAUCAUUAUUUUAGUUUAGAGUGGUGCUAUGUUGACACCCUCUCAACUGUACACCGUAUGUACACCGUAAAUUUUAAAAAAGCUUUUUAAAUGUGGCACAAAAUUCAAAGCAUGAAAAAAUUAAUAAAAA